AUGUGCGAUUUGUGUGCGCCGUCUUUCCCGGAAGACAAGACGUAUGAGCAAUUGGUACGGCUAGUCACCGAGCACUUGGAGCCCCAGCGCUCCGAAAUCGCGGAGCGGCACGUGUUCCGUCUGCGGCGCCAAAGGCCUGGCGAGUCGCUCACCGAAUAUCUACAGGCGCUAAAACAUCUCGCGGCCACCUGCAACUUCGGCAAGUGCACCACAUGCUCGACCAUCGAGGAGAACUUACGCGACCAGUUCGUAUCUGGUCUGGCUAGUGACGCGAUGCGGGCUAGAAUAUUCGCUGAAAAGAAAAUUCAGUACAAGGAGGCGGUGGAGCUCGCGCUGGCACUCGAGGCCGCGGAACGGCAUGCUGAGGUCAGCGGUAGUACAGGAGCUUCGGUGACGAACUCAUCUUCAGCAGCGGGCGACGGCGGCUCGGCCGAGGGGCUGCAUUAUACGCGCGGCCCGGGCGGGGGGCGCGACGAGCGAGGGGUGCGCUCAAUGCAGUCCGCCCGGCCGAGAGGCGGCGCGCGGCCGUUGUUAGGUCGGGAUUGGAUGCAGGCUUUAAAUUUGAAACAAAUAACACUCAAUGCAAUCCGAGACGACAAUUUUGUGAAUCAGUUGUGUAAAGAUUUUCCGGAAGUAUUUAGUGAUAAGCUAGGCACAUGCAAGCGAACCAUUCGAUUGCAGCUCAUUGAUAAGGAACCGGUUUAUGUGCGCGCGCGGCCACUGCCGCUAGCGCUGCGGGCGCGGCUCGAGCGGGAGCUCGCGCGGCUCGAGGCGGACGGCGCCAUCUAUCGCGUCGAAUAUUCGGACUACGGUACUCCGAUUGUUCCGGUUGUUAAAAGUAAUGGGGAUAUCAGAAUUUGUGGGGAUUAUAAAACUACAAUUAACCCCAAAUUAAAAAGAGAUUUUUAUCCGUUGCCUCGUAUAGAGGAAUUGUUUGCGAGUUUAAGAGGAGGGGAAAAAUUUACAAAAAUUGAUUUAAGGCACGCUUAUGAGCAGUGUCUCCUUUCCGAGGACUCGCAGCCCUGCACCGCCAUCACCACGCAUAUGGGGACGUUUGCGUAUCGACGGACCCCGUACGGCCUAUCUUGUAUACCUGAGAAAUUUCAAAAAUUAAUGGAGGAGACAUUGCGCGGGGUGGAGGGGUGCGUUGUAUUUUUAGAUGACAUAUGUGUAACAGGAUCCAAUCAAAGGGAACAUAUAAGAAAUGUAAGAGCUGUACUCGAACGGUUAAGCGACAUGGGGCUUACUGUGAAGUUUGACAAAUGUAAAUUCUUGCAGGACAGU